AUUCGAGCCAACACUCCGCCGGCAUUGUUUUUGCAACUAUAAAUUUACUCAACCAGCCGAUUUCACCCUUUUUAUGAAAUUUAUAUGCCGCCUUCUCCUUUGAAAGCUGCGUGGGAAUGGCGCACUUCGUAGAGACACCUCGCACCGAUGCCGUAGAUCGGACGCGAUUCACCAUGCUGGAUCUCUCCGAGAUGCCAUCAUUUCAGGCUCCCGCUGGGAAAGACGAUCUGCUAAAAGCUGUUAGAAGCUCCCAAAACACGUCAAGGCACGCUAUCGCGACUCCAUCGGCGCGUGUCCCUCUGGCUGGGCGAAGCAGAAAUGCACAGGCGAAGAAUGAGUUCACACCGCUGCUCCACAGCGCAACAAAGAAUCGCAUGGCGAUGCGAGGCAUGAAUGAGAAGGAAAAUGCUGGUCUUGCAACGCCUGCAGCACUCAGACCUGGAUUCCAACUGAGCAGUCCCAAUAUGCCUGAAGCAAGUACGCUGGGAGAUAGUUCUGUUAUGUCAGACCAUACACCCGUGCCGGAAGUCAACAGUAGCAGCUUUGAAAACAGUACGCCAAUGGCCUUGCCAAAGGGCCAGCUAGAUUCUGGAAAUGUCUUGACUCUAAGAGAGCAGGAAGCAAGAUUGGAAAAGAUUGACAAGGAGAAUUUCGGCCUCAAAUUGAAGAUUCACUUCUUGGAGGAGAACCUGAAAAAGACAGGCACAGAGUGGAGCCAACAGGCCCUAAGAGAGAAUACAGAGCUCAAAGUCACCCAGAUGACGAUGGAGCACGAGCUUAAAAAGUACCGCAAGCAACUCCUCCAAGCAGAGCGCGACCUUCAGGCAUACAAGCAACAGUUGCAAGAGCACGCCGAAAAGGUCCAGAAACGUCAUGCCGACGAGGCUUUGAAAGCUGAAGUCGACCGUUUGCGGCAAGCGCUUGAAGACAGGGAAAGACAGCUCGCGGAGAUGCAGUUGCGUCUCGAAUCUGCUGAAAACACGAUGCAGUCUAUGUCUGAGCAAGAGAAGCUACGUGAUCAAAUUGAAGAACUUGAGGCAGAGAUUCAAGCACGAAAUCGAGACAUUGACGAACGUGAUGACGAGAUAGAGUUCUUGAAGGCACAACUCAGAGAGGCCGAGAACAAGGCAGACGAUGACUUUGAUGACAAAACUCGCCAACUUAACGAGCAGCUUGAUCGUAUCGAAGAGCUGGAGGCAGAAUUGAAGAGAGUAUCACGGCAAAAGGAUGAGGAGUUGGAUGCGGUUCAAGAAGAGCAUGAUGCUGCAAAACGCGAACACAUUGCUGAGAUAGAGGAUCUUCGCCGACAGCUCGAGAACGCCCAGAAGGACAAGCGCGAUCAGCUGCGCGAGUUUGAGACGCGACUACAAAGCUACAAUCGUGAAAAGACGUCACAGAUUGAGGAUCUUGAAAGGAAGCUGCUCGCCUCAGAAAAGGAGAAAGCGGAUGAGAUCGAGUCUCUAGAACUUCGCCUGAAGCUUGCUGAAUCGAAGGGAGAUAAUCAAUCGCAACUGGCUCAACAAGCCGCCGAGGAUGCUCGACAACAGAUGAAGCUGAUCAUUUCCGAGAAAGACACCGAACUAGACGACCUGCGAGCACAAAUACAGUCUCUUCGGGUUGUCGAGGAUGAGCUGGAAGCGUGCCGCAAACAGCUGCAAGAUGCCACUGCUGAUGCAGCGAAGCGACAAGAAGAGGAACGACUGCAGGAAGAAGCCUUGGCUGAUCUUCGGAAUACUGUUGCGGAAAGGGACCGUGAGCUCAGGCAGUUAAAAACCGUCGCCUCUGAGCAAGCUUCGACUCUUCGGGAAGUGGAGCGGUUAAAGGCCAUUGUCGCGGACCGGGAUUCUGAUAUUGAAAAUUUGAAACAGACCGUUAAUGCUCAGAAUUCAUCCCUGGAAGAUUUAAGGCGAACUAGAAUCGAACUUGCUUCUCGUGAGCAGGCUCUCAAAGGUGCUUAUGAGGAGGCGAAGCAGUUGAAGGGUGCAAUUAGCGAUCGAGACAGACAGAUUGAGACUUUGCGAAAGACGCUUGAAGAUCGCACUUCCGAGCUUGAAGUUCUACGGAAGAACAACGAAGAACCGCAUACGCAGAUCGAAGGCAUGCAGUCCAUUCUGCGCCAUCGCGACAAUGAUUUGGAGGAUUUGAGAGGGACUGUUAACGAACUUGAAACGAAGCUGGAAUCGCUGCAGGUGACCGCAGAUGAGCGCCUCCGCACAAUCAAUGAACUUCGCGGCGAGUUGGAAAAGACGAAACAAGAGCUCGAGGACGAAAUUCAGGUUCUGGAGGCCACUCUCGAUGAAGCCGAAGACGACAAAGAGAAAAUGCAAUCGAGGCUCAAACUUCUGGAGUCACAGAUCGAGGAUACUAAAGAGAUCCAGAGCAAGCUAUCUCCUAUGGGAAAGGAUUUGCGUGCCGCCCAGCGCGAGAAGAUGCGCCUAGAGCAACAGGUAGCGUCUCUGGAGCGCGAUCGCGAGGUCGCUGAUCAAGAGCGCGAGAGCCUUCAAGCUACGAUUGAAAAGUUGCGUAGAGAACUUCAGUGUGCACAAGCUACACCGAAGUUGACUCCUUCGCGAGAUCGGCAAAUCGAGAGCUUGCGCAAACAGCUAGACGAUUUGUCGGCGCAACUUACACUGAAGGAAGAGAAGCACUCCAAGGAAAUUGCAGAGUUGCAACGCCUGCUUCGCGCAUCUAGCCUCGAUCUUGAAGCUGCUAAUAUUCGUCUCCAGGAGGCGGAGAAAGACCUUGCAGAGCUUCAAUCUGAUUCUACGAAGCAGCUGCAACGUAAGGCGCAGGAAGGCCGCGAGGAAAGUGCCAGGCUUAUAACAGACAUGGCUGCCCUCGAGAAGAAGCACAUGGCCGAAUUGAAGGGGCUAGCGAAGCAGAUCACCGUUUUACGUGGUCGGUAUGAGCGUGAACGCUCCUUUAGGGAGGGCCUUGGCUUUCAGAAGCAGUGGUUCUUGAUGAAUGUGGAGAUGUAUGCUGAAUGCAAUCAAGCCGAUCUCAAGCUUCUUGAAGAUAUGGGCAUCAAACCGUCGUUGAGUGUUCAGGAGAGACGUCCCACUCUGAAGACUGUUGGAUUGAUGAUCAUGUUCACGGCGAGAGUCAAGAGGUUGGCUGGUCAGUGGAAUGAGAAGAAGAAGAUGCAGGAACAGCUUGCCGCAAAGCUGGAGGGCAUGAGGAGAGCGAAAACCGUAGUGCAGCAGAGGAGUACGAGGAGAAGUCUACCGCUGGGAACAAGGUAGAUAGUAGAUGGGAUUUGCAUGUUGCAUUUGUAUGGGCGCAUCUCGGUUGGCGGACCAGGGUAGCAUUCUAUCGUUCAUAGGCUGCAUCUGAUUUGUGUGCACCCAUUUCAAUGACAUUCACUCUUAGCAGGCUUGAUAA